GUCUUUUAGUUAAACCACGUAGCGAUAGUUACAGACUUAAACCAGUUCUAAUAUAUAUAUAUAUAUAUAUAUAUAUAUAUAUGUGAUAUUUAGACUGUUUAUUGGAGACGCAGAGAUAACACACAAAAAUGGAGAGGGGAGAAGGAGCUAUGCAUGUAGCUAUGUUUCCAUGGCUUGCUAUGGGUCAUCUUCUUCCGUUUUUCCGUAUGUCUAAGUUGCUUGCGCAAAAGGGUCACAAGGUCUCCUUCAUAUCGACACCAAGGAACAUCGAGAGACUUCCCAGUUUACCAUCAAGCCUCUCUUCCUUCAUCACCUUUGUCUCUUUCCCUCUCGUUCCCUUCCCCGGCUCAACUCGUGGCUCCGAAUGCUCCAUGGACGUGCCUUACAACAAGCAACCGUCUCUCAAAUCCGCCUUCGAUCUCCUCCAAAAACCGUUGACGGAGUUUCUCCAAGAGGAGUCUCCGGACUGGGUCAUAUAUGACUACGCUGCUCACUGGCUUCCUCCAGUUGCGGCGGAGCUGGGAAUCUCGAAGGCCUUCUUCAGCAUCUUUAACGCAGCCUCUCUCUGCUUCUUGGGACCGCCGUCGUUGUUGUUAGAAGGGGUCAGAUCUACGCCGGAAGACUUCACAGUCGUGCCGCCGUGGAUCCCGUUCCAAUCGAACAUGGCAUAUCGUUAUCACGAAGUGACUUUGGUCGGUGACAAGAGGGGGAAAGAUACGAAUGGAGUCUCCGAUUCUGCACGGUUCGGCUACUCGAUCUCUGAGUCUGAUGCGGUCUUCGUCCAUACCUCGACGGGAUUUGAACCAGAGUGGCUUGGUUUACUAAAAGAUCUGUAUCGAAAACCCGUGUUUCCGACAGGGUUUUUGCCAACCGGUACUGAAGACGAAGUCGAAGGAGAUAAAACAUGGGUUGGUAUAAAGAACUGGCUCGACAAGCAGAGCAUUAAUUCAGUUGUCUACGUGGCACUAGGUACCGAGGCGAGCCUUCCCCCAGCAGAGUUCACCGAGCUGGCUCAUGGGUUGGAGAAAUCAGAGGUGCCUUUCUUUUGGGUUAUAAGAAACGAGUCACAGAUUCUAGAUGGGUGCGUGGAACGAUUUGCGGGACGUGGCAUGGUUCAUGUGGGUUGGGUUCCUCAGGUCAAAAUACUGAGUCACAGCUCGGUUGGCGGGUUCUUGACGCACUGCGGCUGGAACUCAUUGGUGGAAGGGUUAGGGUUCGGGCGAGUUCCUAUCUUGUUCCCGGUGUUAAAUGAGCAAGGGCUCAACACUAGGCUGUUGGAGGGAAAGGGACUUGGUGUUGAGAUCCCUAGAGAUGAGGAAAAAGGCUCGUUUGAUUCUGACUCGGUGGCUCAUUCGGUUCGAUUGGCAAUGGUUGAUGAUGCAGGCGAGUCGAUUAGGGCAAAAACAAAGCUCAUGAUGGGUUUGUUUGGGAACAUGGAUGAGAAUUCUCGCUACGUCGACGAACUUGUCGGAUAUAUGAGAAGUAAAUAGUAUAACACGUCUCAUUGCAAGUUCGCAAAUCGAAAUGAUUAGUCGUACUAGUAGGCAUGUAAUAUUUCCAUAUGGUUUUCUGUUAUUUAAUAUCUUGCAUUAGUUUAUGUUACAAGAA